CCACUCUGCAGCGCACAAGCUCGCUCUCGCUCUCUCCGAUGGACAUUUCAUUAACCUUCACUCCCUCCACCUCGCUCAGCCGCCAUCGCCGCCUCCUUUCUCCCGCCGGGAGCAGCCGCCACCUCGCCGCCGCGAGAUGUCGCCGUGGAAAGACGUUCGGCGAGCUCCAGACGGCGGCCGGGCCCGGCGGCCGGAGCGGGAGCCACGCGGCCUCCGUACCGGUCCACAAGGUCACCGUCCACGAUCGGCAGCGAGGCGUUGUUCACGAGUUUUCGGUCCCUGAGGAUCAGUAUAUACUGCACACGGCUGAGUCUCAGAACGUCUCCCUUCCUUUCGCUUGCAGGCACGGUUGUUGUACUAGCUGUGCCGUUCGAAUAAAAUCAGGACAAAUCAGGUAGCCUGAAGCACUGGAGAUUUCUGCUGAAUUAAAGUCUAAGG